GCACCUGCAGAAGCAUCGUCUGUCAAUAUUUUAGCAGAGGACUUUUAGGAAAUUAUAUUAGUUACAUGGAAAUAUCACAUAUAAAUAAAUAUUAACACACAUGUUGUGGUCAGAAGGACAUAGUAAUGCCGGGGAUAGUAUUAUUUCAGAGGAGGUGGUCAUUUGGAUCAGAUGAUUUAGUGGUUCCUGCUGUAGUGCUAUUGUUUAUGCACAUUGCAUGGGAAAUAGUACUAGCUGUUAUACUUGGAGUUGUAGAUUUUGAGCCAGCAAAGACGUGCUCUGUUGGACUAGUUAACUUAAAGAACUAUCUCCUUGGUUACCUUGUUAUGAUAUCUGUUGCCAUAGUGAUAGAAGUUAUUAUUUUCUGGGUUAGUUUAAGAGGAACCAUUCUACAUGCUGAGCCUAGAGAUUGUAUGCAGUAUCUGCUUUAUACUAAAUUAGUUGUUCUUCUGUUUGAGUUUUCGUGGCAGAUAGUUGGUAUUUUAUGGUUAGUCAAACAUUACCAGAACUGUAAAUCAGAGUCUCCUAAGAAAGCUGCUUUAGCUAUAAUUGUUAUUAACUGGAUAGUAAUGUUGUCUAUAAUAAUAUCUACAUGGUGUACAUAUGACAUUGCUGGUAGGAAGUGGGUCAAAAUGAAGCGAUUCCAGGAAAGUCUGAAGGAGAAAACUAAACGUAAUAAAAGAAAUAGUGGACGUCGUAACUGGAGACAAAGGAGUAGUUUUCUGAGGUUAAUUUUCCGUUACCGUGAUAUGGAAAGGAAGGCCAUCAGAGCUUAUGAAGAAAGUUGGGAUAGAAGAUUACAGUUAUUAUGCUGUUGUGUAGAAAGAAAAGGCAGAAACAGGAAUUCUAUAGCCGAGAUAGCAAAAUUACUACAAGAGUUUUUCCGUGAUUUAGAUGUUGUUCCAUCAGAUGUAUUUGCUGGAAUUGUGUUGCUAAGGAGACAUCAGAAGAUUCGAAUGAGACAUGUUGUAUCACAGUCAGAGAAUGAUGUAUACCAGUAUUUAUCAGGAGUCCCUAUUGUACCCAAAACAGAAUUCCUGCAACUGAGCCACCCAGAUGUCAUGGAUGAGUACAACAAGGUCGUCCAUUACAUGAGGUUUGCAUUGGCAGCAUAUGGAUGGCCAGUCUUCAUGAUGACAAAUACUGGGUGUGGUCUAUGUAAAAUAACACCACAAUUAAGGUGUUGUUGUUCCUGUUGUGGAUUGAGGCACCCUAAGGGAGUAGAAUUAAUUGAUGAUAAUUGUUGCCAGUGUAAUUUUGCGGCAUUGUUACACCUGAGUGGACUGAAACAAGCUGAUUUGGUUUAUGUGACUUACCAUGUUGAUAUUGGUGAAACACCAUUUUAUGUUGCUUUGGACCACAAACACAAGAAAGUAAUUAUCUGUAUCAGAGGGACUCUAUCAUUGCAAGAUGUGUUGACAGAUUUAAAGGCUGAUGCUGAGAUUCUACCAUUGGACCCUAUAAAGGAAGAUUGGGUUGGACAUAAAGGCAUGGUUCAUGCAGCUGUUUACAUUAAGAAGAAGAUAAAAGAAGAUAUGGUUUUGUCACAAGCUUUUGGGAAGUGUUCUGAGAUUGGAGCAGAGAGAUAUGAUCUUGUUUUAGUAGGACAUUCUUUAGGUGCUGGAGCAGCAGUAAUACUAGCCAUACUUCUACAACAAGAAUAUCCUGGAUUACAUUGUUACGCUUACUCCCCUCCUGGGGGCCUCCUAAGUGAAACUUGUGUAGAGCAGACUAAAUCCUUUAUAACUUCUGUUGUUGUGGGAAAAGAUGUUGUACCAAGAAUAGGACUGUUCCAAAUGGAAGUGCUGCGUACAGAUUUAAUCAAUGUUAUAAAGAUGAGUAAUAACUCCAAGUGGAAGAUAAUAAUGAAAGGUAUAUGUUGUGGAUCCUCUGAGACAGACAAGAUGAAUCUUGAACAAGUCCGAAAUGAAAUAGAAGAACGAGAUCUUCAUGCCCAUCCAUCAGAUGAUGACAUCACACUCGUAGCUCAUACACCGCUGUAUCCUCCCGGUAAAAUUAUACAUGUGGUCAGGAGUCAUCCUAAAAAUAAUGGCUCAAGUCUAUGUUGUGGUAAUAAUGAGCCAGUGUACCAAGCUAUCUGGGCUGACAACAGAAGUUUUGAUGAAGUGAUUGUCUCCCCUACAAUGAUAAAUGACCAUAUGCCUGAUUAUGUUAUGGAUGCAUUGGAGAAGGUUUUAGUUAAUGUAGCUCCACCAAAACCAAUCAGAACUUUAACAGAAGAUGAACGUCAGAAUUUAUUAAACAAUAGAACACCUUCUGUUGAUUCUGUGCUAGGACUAGGACAAGUGGAUAUCUUGAUAGAACCAGAGAUUGCAGAUCAAUCUUUAGGUCAUUUACCGGUUUAUGAUAUGAGUAACUAUCAUAAUGAAAAUGAAUAUUCAUUAGAUGCUGAAGGAAAUAUUGUUAUUACUAAAAAUAAACCAAAGAUGACCUUAAACCUGAAUGAAAAUACAGAUGCACCUUUAGCAAGUCCAGAAACUUUAUCAGACCGGUCAAGCCUAGCAAGCUCAGGUAGUUUGAAAAACAUUGUUAGCAGUAACCGUGACAGCUUACGGAAAUCGUUACAAAGUCCGUUAGAGACAAUACAACAAUCACCAACGGUCAAAUCUCCUAACGAAUCAAGCUUUGACAUGCCUUUUAUUAAACAAGAAUCAAAAACCAGUGAUAAUUCUGAUCAUGUGAUGACUGAUCAGUCAGAUGUGACAGAUAGUCAUGUGACUGAGCGUACCGAUAGUACCAAUACUGAUGACCAAUUAUUUGACAGACAUUCACCUGUAGAAAGUAACUAUCAGGUAGAAUAUGGCAGUCCUAACUGUUUCUAUUCCCCUGCAGGACUAGGCUAUCCACACUUUAUAGACGACCAGGAACCAGAGGAAAUGAUGAGUGACAGCUCAGAGACAUCAGAAAUGUUAAUAGAACAAGAAAGUGAAAAUAUUCACCUCCCGUUAAAAGUCUCUCACUCUGAAUGUGUGAAAAUACAGAAGAAACCUCUCCAGUGUUCUCAGUCUGAUUCUUAUCUACAAAGUUUGUCAGACAAGUACAAGAUGAGGAGAUCUAAGGAACAGGGAGAUAUUGCUCAUUUACAAGAUAUAAAUAAUGUGUUUGAAGACUUAAUUCCCAUUCACGAUGUAAACUGUAAUCAACCAUUUACUUGUACACACGAUCAGCAUAAUAGGUCACAUGGGUCGAUAUCAGCGGAGGAAGACUCUGAUAUGAGGAUGUCAACAUCACAUGUUCAGCGUAAUGGAUCACAUGGUUCGAUAUCAGCGGAGGAAGAUUCUGAAUUAAGACUGUCCACAUCACAUUCAGAUGAUAUAUUUGAUAUGCCUAUUGAAGAGACUGAUGUGUGAAGUCCCAUAGAAAACUACUGUCUGUCAACACACAAACUAAAUAACAUUGGAUGGUCCAGUUACUUUUAAUAUGAUCAGAUUAUUUACUUAUUUCAUAUUUGUCAAGGUGUUAUAGUAAAUAUUUGCUGCUGUAGAACAUAAGCUCAAAUAAGUGUAAGAUAUUACCUAUGGUAGCUCAGUCACCUGAUAACUGAAGGAUACAUUAGAAAAAGGGACAUUUGUAGUGGUCUAAAACUAAUACACUAUUUAUCAGUAUUUUAGUAUAAGUUGGUGUGAAAAUAUGAUGUAUGGUUUUUAUAUGGAUUUUUUGUUUCCACCCAUAUUACUAAAUAAUUAGGACAGAAAAUAUAACUUUUCUUUAAAAAUAGAUGAAGUUUCUAAAUUUUCAGGUUGUUUUUGUUUAAAUAAAAGAGAUGUUUUUUUCUGUUUUCAUCUCAUAAAACAAACAACAGAUGCUUUAGAAAGAGAAUACAUUUUUAGAACGAAUUUAUUAAAUUGAAAUUUGGAGAUUCUUAUUUUCACUAAACCCCCCAUAUUACUGACAAAAGCACAAUAUUUCAAAUGUUCUCUGAAUGCUUUAUUGAGGGGCAGUUUUAGAUAUAAAAAAAUCGAACCUUUUUGUUUGAUAGUAUGUUCAUAUCUAUAUACAUGUCGUAUUAUAUCAUUUUUCAAUGCCUUUUAUAUCAUAUGUUGUUAGUUGUUAAGUUUUGAUAUUUGUAAAAAUGUUGUUUUUUUUAUGUUUCGGGAUUUUUUAUGGUGGUGUAUUUAUUCAAAAUUGUUGAUGUUUUCAUAUCCAUUUUUUUUUAAGAGUUGCAUUUGAUAUCCGUUGUUACGUAUUUAUUUAUAAGAGAUGUACUUAUGUUUUAAUAUCCAUGGUGGUGUUUAUCAUGUAUAUAAGAGAUAAAUGUUUGUUAUGAGUGAUGAUGUUCUAUUUCAUGUUUUAAAUCCUCCCGUCUUCAGAUUGAUUAUUUAUUCUUUUGUUUGUUGGCUAUUGUCUUUAUAAAUAUAUAUUUUACAGAAAACUAUCAAAGUUGGUCCAAAUUUUAUCAAAUUGAAUUCUUGUCUUUAUUUCUGAUGCAUAUAGCAUUGCAUCUGCUAUUUCAUAAAAAAGGGGGAAAAUAUUCUUGAAUAUAAUUUAUUGGAUUAUUAACCAAUGAACAUUUUGUUCAUGUAUCUGUCUGAAUUCCAAUGUUACAAUUUUAAGCAAUUAAAAAAUGUGUUCAACUUGAUACAAAAUAAUUUUUGUAGACGAAAUUUGUAUGCAUAAUAUAACUUGGUUUGUAGUGGUGUUAAAGUGGAGACAACUCUUGCAUUUCUGUUGAAAGCAGAGAAACUUCCUUCUUGUUUUUGCAAUAAUUUUAGAAACAACUUUUUUAGGUUAGAAAUUAAAUUAUAUAUACAUACAAAAAUAUGUAAAAGAAAAAAAUACCUAUCCCUUUCCACAUAGACUUUUAAAAAAAUUGAACAGCUCUUUGAUAAAUAAUAUUUUGAAGACAUUUUUAUAGUCCCUUGAUUAUCCUGUUGCGAUAAAAUAUUUGAUUUUUUUCAUGUAUUUUAAAAAUGUUAACUUUAUUGUGUUCACAUGAAGCAGUGCAAUUAUGUUAUUUUUAUACUUGUAUUAUAUUGAUGUAAUGAUUGUCAAGGUCACAUGACCAGAAAUACUUGAUACCUUUUUAUCCAUGUUAAAACUUGUUAAGUUACAUCUUAAAUCAAAUAGUGGCUCUCUAUUUUGUGUUCUUAGGUUAAAUAUGAAUCUCUUGCUUUUUUGAUAUGUUCCUCGUAUCAUUGCAAUGCCACAAUUUUUAAAGCAGGACUUGGUAUUAUGUUUUAAUCGACGCACAGUUUCUUAAUAAUUUACAAUAAAACAUAUCUUGCCAUAUUUAUUCCCUUUGGAAAACCAUAUCAGUCAAAUAUUGAUAGUUUAUUUCAUUGUUUUAGUUUUUCCUAUGAAGUUCUGGUUGUAAAAAAAAAACAUCUGAAUUUAUCGUAUUUUUUUAAAUCGACGAGAGGACUCGAGGGUGGCUGGUUUAUUUUGUUUGGUCUAAAAUGUGCAAUAAAGCUGAGAUACAAGUACAUUUCAUGGGGAGUUAAUUUAUUUUCAGAUUUGUAUUAAGGUCUUAAUUGGUUAUAGCUUUAAAACAAUAUAUACCCUUAAAUCGGGAUAACUGUUUUUUGGAGACACAAAACCAUUUACUUUUAUACCUUUACCCAUAUAUACCUGUGCCAUGUCAGAAAAGUUAUAUUAUAAAAAGUAUUAUUUUUGUUUAUUUGACUGUGUUAGUGUUUUAAUUUUUUACUUAGUUUUAUAUUUCAAUUUAAAAACAAGCAGUAUUCAAAGGAACUAAAAAAUCCUGUCAAUGCCUAUAUUUUUUAUGAUUUACUGUAAAUUUAGAAUUGUUUCAAUGUUUUUAUUAUUGUGAAAAUUACUAACGGAUCAGAUUCUCAAACACAAAACAACAAAAAAAAAAUGCACAUUUCAACAUUUUUAAUCACAUUCUUUGUAUGCCACAUUUUUUAUGAAAUCACAAUAAUUGAUCUUGCAAUUUUUAAUCAUUUUCAAACACUUUAAUAUUAAAUGCAAGCAUUACUAACUGAAUUACAGUGAUUUUUUUAUGUGAAAAUAUAGUCCCAAUAUUUUAUUUAUUUUAUAUUGAAAAUCUACACACCAUAUCUGCUUACAAUAUUUUAUACUUUUAAUUUGAAAAGUGGCUCAGUAUCUGAUAUGCAGAAUUUUUGUUAAAUGAAAAUUUUACACAGAAAUAAUGAAUAAAGUUUAAUUAUUUGUUUUAUUCUGCAUUAGAAUGGAGAUCAACUGUAAUUUUUUUUUGAAGUCUUGCCUACAACCAUUGGUAGUUUUACUGUUGCAAAUAUGUUUUAACCUUUCUCAGCUACAAUUUCCCAGGUAAAUUUAAUUUGUGACAGUAGAACAACAGAUAGACGUCUGCAAAGCUUCAGUUAUCUCUUAAGGUGGUAUGGGUGUCUUUCGCCAUCUUGGAUUGUAAAAAACAGAGAUUCUAAGGUCAAUAUUUUCUAUCAAGUUAGCAAAAUUGAUGCAGGAAUGCAGAAUUUAAUGUGAAUUUUCAUUUAAAAGAACCAAUUUAUAAGAAUAUAACUUAGAAAUAUAAAUAUUUUUACAAGUGUAGAUUAAUUUAGGUUGUUUUUGAAUAUUUUUCAAAUUGGCAUUUUAAGGGGAGGUAACUCUAUAACAGUGCAUUUUCUGAAGGACUCUACAUGAAAUUUUCCUAUUUUGUCUUUUAGCCGGAAAAAACGUACGGUGACCCUAUCUUUUCUUUUGAUAUUCUCAAAGCAUUGUCUGAAAGCAAUCUUUUCCUAAAUUUUUUUACAAUUCUAUCAUUUUGUUUAGUUUUUAUUCACAAAAUGGUGUUUUUUCCUGUAUAAUCCAUACAAAAUUUGUCAUUAUGUCACAACCUGUAGCUUGAGAAAAUGCACGGUGACCUAUCAUUUUUAUAAUAUUUUUGAUCAUGUAUCAAUAGAUACUACAUUUUCACAAAGUAUGAACAAAUUAUAUCAUUUUUAUUUUAGACUCCCAUACCACCUUAAUUGUAUACUGUAUAUGUUUACAGAGUCACACAGUUGUUCAUAGAAAAUCCAUGACUUACUUGUAUCUGAUGAAAAUGUGUAACCUAAUUUUCUACAAAACCAUUAUCUGAACACCAAUUUAAUAGACCACUUUCGAGUUCAUCCGUCACCGGCAAAAACUUGUCAAUUAUGCCAGCCUUUAUGACGUCAUUUACUAGAUAGAGGGGGUCACCUGUAUCCCUGCACUAUUUACGUUCAUCAAGCAUCUUAGUGAUCAUCUUUGUGCAGGAUAAACUAGAAAUAAUGAUUGCUCUGUAGGUUCUUACUGAAAAUUCCCUAAUGACAGCAGUGUUGAUUGUCAAUUUUGAGAAUUCAAUUUGCCGAAUAAUUCGUACAAUAUAGAAUUAUAGUUUUCCAACCACUCGCUCAACAUUGGAAGGGAAGUGACGAUGCCCCUAAACGCACAAAUGACGGUGAUACAGGCGCGUAUAAUUGACGAGUUUUUUCUGGUGACGGAUGAACUCAAAAGUGGUCUAUUCAAUUGUUUUUUUAAACAACAUACACAGAAAAUUAUGUUACUUUCCAUUAAAUGUAAAUGGAAGCUUUAUAUAUGACUUUUGUUUCUUAUGUAUACAUGUACUGUUUACUAUUCUCCAUUAAAUGUAAAUGGAAGCUUGAUGUAUGUCUUUUGUUUCUUAUACAUGUACUGUUUACU